AUGUUAUUGACCUUUCAAUUCUACUACAAGUGCUAUCAUCACAGUUAUAUAAACCAAACAUUACAACUAUUGAACAAUGCUAUUAUUAUCAAUAAUAAUACUUUAGUUGAUGACACCGGCGAUCGUCUAUCAAUUAAAUGCAUUGACGACAUCAACCAAGUUAUCAUCGGUGCACGUAAUGGCCAAUAUUGGGCUAAUCAUAUAAUUGAUUCAAUGGGUCGGCCUAAUUCUGGUAUCUUAAGGAUGAGUUUGUCGUUUUUGGGCGAAUACUCCCAGUGCUUGGAUACAGAGGCGCCUAAUUUUCAAACACAAUACUGUUUGGCGACAAUACAAUUGCCGAAAAGCGACUCUCAUUUUUUAUAUCAAUUGACCAGUUAUGAUUGGCAUACCCUAUCGAAAGUUCCGGUCAAGUUAGGUAUCUGUAUGCCGUCCUCGUGUACAACAUCGAUGGUCACAAAGCUUACUAAUUCAAUUACUUCUAACCUAAUAAGCAAUUCAAGUGUUUUGAUUAAUAAAUGCUACAAACGAAGCGAUAAUAACAUUGAAACUGACAUAUCAUCCAUAGCUAUGAUAUGUGUUGCCUCUAUAAUAAUGGUUCUGAUAAUAUGCGGUACACUCUGUGAUCAUUAUAAACUUGAAAGUCAGUCACAGCUGGAACUGUUGUACAGUGCAACUACUGGUUCCCAGAAGAUUGCCAAACCCUACGAGACCUAUGAGGACAAUACUAAACCGCUUUACUAUAAUAUUUUACUAUCGUUUUCGUUGAAAACUAAUGCCAAGAAAAUCUUUGACACAAACAGUACCGACAGUACAAUACAGGUGUUUCACGGCAUUAAAGUAUUGUCUAUGCUUUGGAUACUAAUUGGACACUCAUUUGCUUUUGCCGUCCAAUGGAUGACAUUUAGAAAUCCAGUGACAGUUUUAAAAGUGCCUCAAAAUAUAUUGAGUCAAUUGUUAGCCAACGGCACCUUUUCAGUUGACUGCUUCCUAUUUAUCAGCGGAUUUCUAGUAUCUUAUUUAGUUAUGCGAAAUAUGAGCCGAUAUAGUGGUACACCAAACAUACUGAUGCUCUACUUGAACCGUUAUCUCAGGAUGACACCGGCAAUGAUGGCCGUAAUAGCAUUCAGUGCUACUCUAUUGAAAUAUCUGGGUUCAGGUCCUCAAUGGUCCGAAUCGAUAACAAUGUUCAACCAGUGGUGUCAAACAAAUUGGUGGAUUAAUAGCCUAUAUUUGCAUAAUUUUAUCAACACUAAUAAUAUGUGUUUAAGUCAUUCGUGGUAUUCAGCAGUCGAUAUGCAACUCUAUAUAAUGUCUCCUAUAAUACUAAUACCAUUAUAUCUUAAACCAAAGCUCGGGCUAACACUGGCACUGUUGGUCCUCAUGAGUUCAAUGAUAUUUACUGGUUAUCUAUCGUUUGCUAAUGGAUUUCCAGCCGUUCCCUAUUUCAGUGAUGUUAUCGAUCAACAAGUGGUCAAUCAAUACUAUGGUCUGCUUUAUAUAAAACCCUACUGUCGUUUGGGUCCAUAUUUGGUGGGAAUAGUUUUAGCAUAUUUUAUCUAUACAUCCCAAAGGGAUAUUAAACUUAAAAAAGUUUGGGUUAGCACUGGUUGGGUAUUAUCAGUAGUGACUAGUUUGUCGGUAUUGUUUGCCAUGUUUCAGGCCAACAAUGGUAAUGUUCCCGAAGUACACUUUGCAGCCCUUUACAGUGCCACAUCCAGAACCAUAUGGUCACUGAGUUUGGCCUGGACUACAUUUGCCUGCAUCAAUGGCUACGGUGGUCUGGUCGGUGCCUUUCUAUCCAGUAAACUAUGGGUACCAUUUAGUCGACUAACUCAUUGCGCUUAUCUCAUACAUCCCAUUGUAAUGGCUGUACUGUACGGAACACGACAGCACUCAUUUGAUUUUUCUAAUUAUCUUUUUAUAUACUUAACAAUUGGUCACAUUUUGAUAACCUAUGUCAUGGCCUUAAUCGUCUCGUUGGCCAUCGAGUCGCCAUUCAUUGCCAUUUCCAAGUUAUUGUUAGCUAAACGGUUGCACAGUUGAUCGCAUAGAGUCAAUAGCUUAACAAUGAUCCUGUACUUACUUUUUAUCAAUAAUAUAUAUAUAUAUAUAUAUAUAUCAUACAAACAUUAGAAAACAACAAUUCAUUGCAUGUCAUUCAUCGUUAUCGUCCAU